AUGCUCAGCCCUUCACUCCACUCUUCGAAUGCUCAUUCUUCCAACAAUGAUGACCAUUUUUGUCCAGCUUGUAUGUACUCAUCGUCGAGCGAUGAUCAACUCAUUGCCCAGCUGGAAUAUUACUUCAGCCAGGACAACUUGGUGCAGGACCACUACUUGCGCAGCCAGAUGGACGACGAGAACUACGUCAAAAUCAUGACUCUCUGUGACUUCGCACAAGUGAAAAAAUUCAUCGAAGACGUCGCCGACCCAGAGCAGCAUAUUGCCACUCUUGUCCAGACCAAAUCAGCUGUUCUUCAGGUUGACGAUUAUGGGCUCAAGAUUCGAGCAAAAUCUGGCCCCGAAAAGUUCCGUCUUGUUGUACGCGACGUUCCCAUCGGCUUUGAUGAGGAACGAGUUCUCAAUCUUUUCAAAAUCGAGGGCGCGUCGACUGUAAUCCGUGCUGAGCUAGCAACUUCAAGCGAGAGUCAUGCCACCUGGUACGUCGGAUUUGCGCAUGCUGAGGACGCGCAGAAGUCGAUGGAGCACUUGCGCAAAACUGAACCUUCCUUCAAGGUUCAUAUGAAAAAGAUCUCCGCCGGCCACUAUCAAAAGCAAGCGCACCCUCGGCAAGUUCACGAAGGCUGGACAGGCUACUCGGCCGGUAGUUUCAAUAUGUAUCCUUCGCCAGCGCCGCCAGUUUCGACAACUGGACCACCAGCAAGCCAGGGACAGCAUCAUGCAAACGACGACUUGAUACAGAACUUUGCCACAUUUCAGUACCAAAAGCCGUUCCCUCCUCACCUGCGCCAGAAAAAGUCGAAAAAAGCUGCCGCAGACAAUAACCCGAAUAAGCUGCCGGUGUUCUGCAGAACGAUGUACCAACCCUUUAUCCGCAAAGGAAUCGAAAAUGGCCAUCCAGUACCUCCACCGACCGAAAUUCCGAUUCAUUUUACCCGAUCGACCCGGGGAGCUCGUCGACCUCGUGGAACUCGAAACGCACCCGAAGACUACAAUCGAUCACGCACUGGCGGUGCCUCUUCCAAAUCGCCGCUCCCCCAAGUGCAGCCAAAGCCCGUUCCCCCGCCGCAAUUUGCGAUGGAAGCAAAAGACUUUCCGACCCUGGGAAAUCAGUCUCCGAAUCAAUCAUUACCGGCUGCGAAAUCUCCCGUUCAGCCACCAUCGGUAGAAUCUAGCGAAACUCCGUCCCUUCCUCCACUAGCUGACCUACUAAAAUCGAACGAAAGUCCGAAGAAGCAGCCAUCUUCAUCAGUAGCAGGACCAACGACGAGAAAAUCACCCAAGCCGGCACCCGCGCCAAAGAAAGAAGACCUAAAGCCCACGCCACAGGAUGCUCCACUGCCAUCAACAACUGCAAAAUCAACCUGGCCAAAUACCGGCAAGACGCUGGCCGAAGUGUUCAAGACCCAGCCCGCCGCUCCUCCCCCAUCCGAGAAGCCAAUCCCGACUCCUCCCAAGCCAGCUUCGAUAUCAUCUGACAAAGACUCUCAAAAAGGAGGAUCAGCUAAAACUACUCGACCAGUAGCUCCUGAGAGAAAGACACAACCCCGUCAAACUGCACCCGCCCGUCAACAUCCCGCAAAGACAAGACCAGCUGAACCUGCUCCAGCGAAAGAAGCGCCAAAAGCCACUGAAGAAAACGCCACAACUGAAAACUCGGAAGAAGAACCCGGCUGGGUAACGGUAGAAUUCAAGAAGAAAGUGAAGGAUAACAGAUCGGAGACCUCCGACACUGACGUUGAUUCAAAUCGACCGCAGAAACGAGGUAAUGGAGGAUCACGAAGGGAUGGAGACGCGCCCCAGCGACGAGAGAGAAGAUACACGGGCGAUCGAGCGCCACGACGAGAAGGAUCCGACCGAGACGGUCCACGAGGUGGACCCAGACGAGAAAGAGACCGCCGCGAUCGCGACAGAAACAACAAUCAAGCACACCAAGAUGUAGAAAAGACAAUCGUACACCCACCGACUCCUCCACCAGCCAAUACGUUAGAGCUCUUCCCGAAUCUGGUCGAGUCGCCUCCUCAAAUUCCAGCCAUAGCGUCACCAGUUCCAAUCCAGGGCCGUUGGGCUGACAUCGCCUCAAAGGAACGGGCUCAUUUCUCCAUCAAUAGCUAG